AUGAGCAGUGGAGUUGUUGUCAAAACUGAAUUUGACAGUUCUUAUGAUAGUCAGGCCUCACUUUACAGCGAGCGAUCACGAAAACGACGUUACAAAAGUAAGAAGGACAAGAAACCCGGUGUGACCGGAAGGACGUGGACCAAAGUUGAGGACCCGCAUGCUCCGCGAAAACCUCGUUCUGGCUAUGUACAUUUCCUAAGCUCACGCCGCUCGAAAUACGGUACAGUAAAGCAAGGAUGCGAUCAGAAAAGUAUAAAUGUUGCGUUAGCUGCUGAAUGGCAAUCACUUUCAGACGAACAACGUCAGCCAUUUCUCGAUUUGGCCAACAAGGAACGUGAGCAAUACCAAAUUGAGCUGAAGGCAUAUGAGCAAACCGACCACUAUAAGGAAAAGAGCAAAUUAUGCGGUUUACGAAAGCCAGCGCCGAUAGACUGGAUUGAACCCCAAAGGAAGAACCUUGCCGUGGAGUCAUUCGACUUGGGAAGAACUCAACAAGAUCACCAAGAAGAGACAGAGAAAAGCGCCCCUAAAAAAAAGAAUGCUGACAAAGACGAAAUGGUGGUACCUACGUUGCCAAACUCCAACAUUUCGAUUUUCAGUACUGAGUUUCUAGAAUAUAACAAAAGUCGAGAAGCACAUCUUCGAUCUCUUCGCCGUGAAAUUAGCAAUGCUGAUUCGGAAAAGGAUGCCUUGCAGCAGACCAUCGCAAAGAUGCAGAAGAAUAAUGUAGCUCUCGAAUCACAAAUUGCUCAUGAUAAAAAGACGGGUAAAGAAGCCGAUCACGUCAUGGAAUGUUGGAUGCGAGUAUUGCGAGGUGCUAUGAGUGAGACCAUGAAAGAGUACAACCUGUAUACUCCUGAAGAUACAGUGCCAUUCCUGACGAAAUUGGCUGAUGGUGAUGCGCCUAACGAGGACGUUCUUCAAGUGGUCAAGGAAGUGAUUCAUAGCGCGUCAUUUUAUAUCCCUAAAUAG